GCUAUUAUUGACACAAACGCUAAAGUUUUGACAAUACAAGUAUAUUUUUUCAAAUAAUUUUGAAAUAUCGAACUCGGCAACUCAUCUUCCUCGACUCGUCUGAUUAUUAUUCCUUACAAAAUUGAAAACAAAGCCCCUUUCCGCUUUGCUGAGAGUCGUCUCUCCUUCUUCUUCUCUUCGUUGGCGGAGGGAGACGUUUUCUUCGCUGUAAUCUUUCCUUGGAUUUUUGGGGUUUUUGUAAUUGGUGGGAUAGCGAGAGCCAGCGGCGGCGUUUGCUUCUUAGGUUGGGGUUGGAGUGAUGGGGGAUGAGAAAUCGGCGAUCGUGAUGACCAGCCGGGAGCCGGAUAGAGAGGCAGAUCGAGAGCUUCUCAUCCACGUUGCUGAAUCCGGCGGCGGCGGACAUGAUGCCUCGAAACCUUCCUCUUCUUCUUCUUCCUCGCAUCAUCAUUCCGGUCGAGAGACAUUCUCCAAAGUUCUUCGGAGCUGGGCUUCAAAAAAGUUUAUGACCGGAUGUGUUAUCCUCUUCCCAAUUGCUAUUACAUUCUAUGUAACAUGGUGGUUUAUUCACUUUGUGGAUGGCUUUUUCUCUCCAAUCUAUGCUCAACUUGGAAUCAAUAUCUUUGUAACUUACUUUGCUUGUGCUUCUCUGCCAGGCCUCGGAUUUGUUACGUCCAUAACAUUCAUUUUCGUGGUUGGAGUAUUCAUGUCAUCUUGGUUGGGGGCAUCAGUCUUGAGCCUUGGAGAAUGGUUUAUCAAAAGGAUGCCAUUUGUCCGCCAUAUCUAUAAUGCCUCAAAACAAAUUGGUGCUGCCAUAUCACCAGAUCAGAACACGCAGGCCUUCAAGGAAGUAGCCAUUAUAAGACAUCCACGUAUUGGUGAAUAUGCGUUUGGCUUCAUCACUUCUUCUGUCACCCUCCAGAACUAUGCUGGAGAUGAGGAACUCUGCUGUGUUUAUGUCCCUACAAAUCAUCUAUACAUUGGUGACAUAUUCCUUGUCAGUACUAAGGAUGUGAUCAGACCUAAUUUGUCAGUCAGGGAAGGAAUAGAGAUCGUUGUUUCUGGAGGGAUGUCGAUGCCCCAGAUCUUGUCCACUUUGGAUUCUCACGUCACAGUCGAUAGAAAUAGACUGAGCAGAAGCUGAUACCGAAAAGGAAGCAAGGCAUGCAGGCAGGCAGAUUUUUAUUUCAUUUUCCAUUAUUUUGCAGAUCAAAGUCACCAGGUAUCGCCACUGGAAAUCAUCUAUAUCUUCAUGGGCGAUCAUAAAGGUCAUCAAAAGCAUUUACUAUUGUAGCGUCGGCAAGAUUGUGGUGGCGAAUGUAAACAUUGUUUGUUGUCCAGAUUGUAGAGUUUAGCAUUUGGUUGGAAGGUAUAGCAGUAAUGGUUUGACGAAGUAGGCAGAGAGAUAGGUCUUCUCUUAGGCUUUGGUUUUAUCGUUUUUUCACCACUCAGUUUAGGACGAUGGCUUUGGGUAAAGAAGAAAUAUCAGACUGAAAUAUGUACACUCGGUAGCAGCUCUUUCUAACAAUCUUGCUCGGUUUGUAAGGUGGUCGUGUAGAUAAGAUCAUCGUGUGUUCAUCAUUUGUCUCUCCUAUGCUUGACCAACACCAUUUCUCAGGUUUUCGGCUAGCGCGUAGAUGGGUGUUGUAACUCUGUCUCUGGCUCGUCCAACAUAGCCUGCUUGCUUACCGCCACCGGCGCCAUGGUCACACAUUCUUCAAAACAAUAGAGAACAUGGAAGCAGAAGGUUAGAUUUUGGAACUGUGCCAACCAGUACUUGAUUGUUAAUGGUUCUGUUUAUGUCACGACUCUUUAGCAGCCACAUUGAUUGAGUCGAUCAACCUAUGCUAAUGACCUAAAAAUUUGUAGCGGUACAUCGUAGUAUGGUAUCGACGAAAAG